CCACCACAAGUGUAACAAUCAUCCCGGCAAUGAUCACAACGAUACCCACACUUUCAGGAGUGAAUGCCUCACACAAUGACCAGGUCUGCAGCACAUGGGGUAACUACCAUUUCAAGACCUUCGACGGGGACUUUUUCCAGCUCCCCUCCACCUGCAACCAUGUUGUGACCUCACUGUGUAAGAGCAGCUAUGAGGCUUUCAACAUCCAGAUGAGGCGGCAGGUGGUGGACAACCAGCCCACCAUUAGCAAGAUCACCAUGAAGCUGGAUGGUGUAGUGGUAGAGCUUUCCAAGGGUGGUGUUGUGGUCAAUGGGCAGACGGUGACCCUGCCGUUCAGCUUGUCUGGAGUCAGCAUUGUGAAGACUACAUCCAAUGUGAAGGUCGUAGCCAAACUGGGGCUGGUUGCUGUUUGGAACAAGGAUGACUCCCUAAUGAUUGAAAUGAACGAGAAGUACAGAAACCAGACCUGCGGGCUGUGUGGUGACUUCAAUGAAGUCCAAACAUACAACGAGUUCAUCAUCAAUGGUGGGAAACUCUCUAGCUCUGACUAUGGAAACCUCUGGAAACUGGAUGGUCCUCUGGAAGUCUGUGAGGAGCCUACACUAACUUCUGAGGAGAGUUGUGGAGAUGAGGAAUUUUGUCAGCAGCUGUUCUCCAGUGCAGCUUUCAGUAGCUGCACUAAUUAUUUGGACAUGGACUCCUUCAUCAAGACCUGCCUGGCAGACCUGUGCCACUGUGAUAACAGCACCAACUCCUUCUGCCUGUGCAACACCAUCUCAGAGUACUCCCGUCAGUGUGUUCAUGCAGGGGGGAAGCCCCAGCAAUGGAGGACUGAACAGUUCUGCUAUAAGACAUGCCCCUACAACAUGGAGCACCAGGAGUGUGGAAGCCCCUGUGUUGACACCUGUUCCAACCCAGAGGCCAGCCAGUUGUGUGAAGACCACUGUACAGACGGCUGCUUCUGUCCCCUAGGUACUGUUUUUGAUGAUGUCAGCAACAGUGGCUGUAUUCCAUUGAGUGAAUGCCACUGUGUCCACAAUGGACAAGUAUACAAAUCUGGAGAAUCUUACACCAGCAACUGUAAAGAAUGCACCUGUGCUGGUGGUCAGUGGGCCUGUACAGACAAGGACUGUCCUGGGACCUGCUCUGUGGAGGGAGGAUCCCACAUCAACACCUAUGAUGGGAAAGCCUACACCUUCCAUGGGGACUGCUCUUACAUUCUGACCAAGCAAUGCAAUGGAACUGAAUUCACCGUGCUGGGAGACAUUGUGAAGUGUGGGUUGACUGACACUCAGACCUGUAUGAGGGCUGUUACCCUAGCCCUCUCCAGCAGAUCCACCGUGAUCCGAGUCCAGUCAUGUGGAAGUGUUUUUGUAAAUCAGAUUCUUUCUCAGCUCCCACUCAAUACAGCUGAAGUGACCAUCUUCAAGCCCUCCUCAUUCUACAUUGUUAUCCAGACAACUCUUGGAGUUCAACUUCAGAUCCAGCUUUCACCAGUUAUGCAGAUCUACAUAACUGCCAUCUCAUCCUACAAAGGAACAACCUGUGGCCUUUGCGGAAACUACAAUGACGUUCAGUCAGAUGAGUUCAGAGUCAUCAGUGGAUUGGUGGAGGGCACAGCUGUAGCUUUUGCCAACACAUGGAAGACCAUGGCCAGCUGCCCUGAUGUCAAGACUAGCUUUGAAAACCCCUGCAGUUUGAGCAUCGAAAAUGAGAAAUACGCCCAGCACUGGUGUUCCAUGUUAUCAGAUCCUAAAGGAGUGUUCUCCCCUUGCCAUUCUGAAAUAAGACCAGACACCUACAAAACCAACUGCAUGUAUGACAGCUGUAACUGCGAGAAGAGUGAGGACAGCAUGUGUGCUGCCGUCUCCUCUUAUGUCCACGCUUGUGCUGCCGAGGGUAUCCAGCUCAGCGGCUGGAGAGACACUAUCUGCAAUAAAUUCGCCGCCUGUCCCAGACAAACAGUUUAUACCUACAACAUGACCAGCUGUGGACGCACCUGCCGCUCACUGAGCAUGACAGACCAAUCUUGCCAGGUGAAGUUUGUUCCGGUGGACGGCUGUGGCUGUGCAGAGGGCACCUACAUGGACGAGGCUGGCCAGUGUGUUGCCCCCACCAACUGUCCCUGCUAUGACAAGGGCUCAGUGGUCCCUGCAGGAGAGACUAUCAGCAGAGACGGUGCCACCUGUACUUGCAGACAAGGGACACUGAGUUGCACUGGGGGAGCAAGACUAUCCCCAGUAUGCACAGUGCCAAUGGUUUUCUUCAACUGCUCAACUGCACCUCCAGGAGCUUCAGGUUCAGAGUGUCAGAAGAGCUGCAAAACUCUGGAUAUGACCUGUAUCAGCACAGAGUGCACAUCAGGUUGUAUGUGCCCCACCGGACUGGUGUCUGAUGGGAACGGAGACUGCAUCAAGGAAGAACUUUGUCCUUGUGCUCACAAUGGAGCUACUUACCAAGCUGGAGAGACUCUUAAGGUUGACUGCAAUACAUGUACUUGCAAGGACAGACAAUGGCAGUGUACCACACAUCUUUGUGAUGGAGUUUGUGCAAUCUACGGAGAGGGUCACUAUAUCACCUUUGAUGAGAAAAGGUUCAACUUUAAUGGAAACUGUGAAUACACUCUCAUUCAGGACUACUGUGGCAAUACUAAUGGCAGUGGCAGCUUCAGAGUCCUCACUGAGAACGUUCCUUGUGGAACUAAAGGCACCACCUGCUCCAAGACCAUCAAGCUCUUCCUGGGGACCAGUGAGCUCAUACUGGCAGAUGGGAACGCUCAAGUUGUCAGGAGUACUCCAGAAGAGCAGUUUCCUAAACAGAUCAGCCUUCUGGGGAAUUAUCUGGUUAUUGAAGUCAAAAGUGGUCUAAUCCUCAUGUGGGACAAGAAGACCAGUCUCUUUAUCAAGCUUAGCCCACAAUACCAGGGGCAAGUGUGUGGUCUGUGUGGAAACUAUGAUGGCAACGCAAACAACGACUUCACCACUAGAGCCCAGGCGACAGUUGUUGAUCCAGUGGAAUUUGGAAACAGCUGGAAAGUUUCAUCAAGCUGCCCAAGUGUAUCUGCUGUAGUGCACCCAUGUGCCUCCAACCCGUACAGAGCGUCUUGGGCCCAGAAACAGUGCAGCAUCAUUAACAGUGAUGUCUUCACAGCCUGCCAGAACCAGGUGGACCCCUCUCCUUACUACGAUUCUUGUGUGAGAGACUCAUGUGCUUGUGACAGUGGUGGAGACUGUGAGUGCUUCUGUACCGCAGUGGCAGCUUAUGCAAAGGCCUGCAAUGAAGCUGGAGCAUGCGUAGCCUGGAGAACCCCUCGAAUUUGCCCACUGUUCUGUGAUUACUACAACCCCACUGGAGAAUGUGAGUGGCACUACAAGGCAUGUGGAGCUCAGUGUAUGAAGACUUGCAGAAACCCUUCCGGAGACUGUUCUAGUUUAAUUCCAGCAUUGGAAGGCUGCUAUCCUAACUGUCCUGCGGCACAACCUUACUUCAAUGAGGAGACAAUGAAGUGUGUGGAGAGGGAACAAUGUGGCUGCUAUGACUAUGAAGGAAACCAGUACACCAAUGGACAGAAUGUUCCGGCACCAAAUUGUAAAACAUGCACCUGCACAAUGACUGGAGUGAGCUGCAGUUAUGAUAUAAAUGUUUGUACAUGCUUGCAUAAUGGUAAACAACACCGAUAUGGAGCAACCCUCUACAAUACAACAGAUGGAAUUGGUAACUGCAUUGUUGCUGUUUGUGCCGCGAACGGAACCAUUACCAGAAACAUUUCCCCUUGUCAAGUGACCACAACUCCAGUACCAAUGACAACAUCCCCUCUGACAACAACAACUGUCCAUGCAACUACAACACAGGCCUCUACGACAACACUAAAGCCCACAACUGUCUUCCACUUUUCAACACAUGAACCAACAUCUACUUCAACUUGGUCUUCCACAACAAUGGAGAUGACACCUAAAAUCACCACAAGUUCAUCAUUAAAUCCUUCAACUACAUCAUCAGGAUCAAGUACAGUCACAAUUCCAAAACCAACAACUGUAACUACAACAACUAUAGGACCCACAACAAGUGGAGAAGUAGCUACAUCGACCACAGCUGAGACUUCAACAAAGGAAGAAACCACAACUGAGAUGAUCACAUCUACAAAGCCACCUAAAGAAGUCACCACGGGCCCAACAACCACUUCGACAACUGUAUUUGUUGAAACCUCUACAUCAACAUCUCAGCCCAUAACAGCAGGUGAAGAAACAACAGGUCCAGUAGUGUUAACAUCCAAUCCCACUACUUUAACAACAACUACAAUUGUACCCACAACAACUACACCUACCACAGGUGGAACUACAAGAAUUGAAGAAACCACAACUGAGACGAUUCCAUAUACAUCUACAACGCCACCUAAAGUUGUCACCACAGGCCCAACAACCACUUCCACCACUGUAAUUGUUGAAACCUCUACCUCAACAUCUCAGUCCACAACAGCAGGUGAAGAAACAACAGGUCCAGUAGUGAUAACAUCCAAUCCCACUACUUUAAAAACAACUACAAUUGUACCCACAACAACUACACCUACCACAGGUGGAACAACAACAGGUGAAGAAACCACAACUGAGUCAAGUCCAUCUACCUCCACAAAGCCACCUAAAGAAGUCACAACCGGCCCAACAACCACUUCCACCACUGUAAGUGUUGAAACCUCUACGUCAACAUCUCAGCCCAUAACAACAGGUGAAGAAACAACAGGUCCAGUAGUGAUAACAUCCAAUCCCACAACUUUAACAACAACUACAAUUGUACCCUCAACAACUACACCUACCACAGGUGGAACUACAAGAAUUGAAAAAACAACAACUGAGACGAUUCCAUAUACAUCUACAACGCCACCUAAAGUUGUCACCACCGGCCAAACAACCACUUCCACCACUGUAAUUGUUGAAACCUCUACCUCAACAUCUCAGCCCACAACAACAGGUGAAGAAACAACAGGGCCAGUUGUCAUAACUUCGAAUCCCACAACUUUAACAACAACUACAAUUUCACCCACAACAACUACACCUACCACAGGUGGAACAACAACAAUUGAAGAAACCACAACUGAGACAAUUUCAUCUACAUCCACAAAGCCACCUAAAGAAGUCACCACCGGCCCAACAACCACUUCCACCACUGUAAUUGUUGAAACCUCUACGUCAACAUCUCAGCCCGCAACAGCAGGUGAAGAAACAACAGGUCCAGUAGUGAUAACAUCCAAUCCCACUACUUUAACAACAACUACAAUUGUACCCACAACAACUACACCUACCACAGGUGGAACAACAACAAUUGAAGAAACCACAACUGAGACAAUUUCAUCUACAUCCACAAAGCCACCUAAAGAAGUCACCACCGGCCCAACAACCACUUCCACCACUGUAAUUGUUGAAACCUCUACGUCAACAUCUCAGCCCACAACAACAGGUGAAGAAACAACAGGGCCAGUUGUCAUAACUUCGAAUCCCACAACUUUAACAACAACUACAAUUUCACCCACAACAACUACACCUACCACAGGUGGAACAACAACAAAUGAAGAAACCACAACUGAGACAAUUUCAUCUACAUCCACAAAGCCACCUAAAGAAUUCACCACCGGCCCAACAACCACUUCCACCACUGUAAUUGUUGAAACCUCUACGUCAACAUCUCAGCCCGCAACAGCAGGUGAAGAAACAACAGGUCCAGUAGUGAUAACAUCCAAUCCCACUACUUUAACAACAACAACAAUUCCCACAACAACAGGUGAAGAAACAACAGGUCCAGUAGUGAUAACAUCCAAUCCCACUACUUUAACAACAACUACAAUUUCACCCACAACAACUACACCUACCACAGGUGGAACAACAACAAUUGAAGAAACCACAACUGAGACAAUUUCAUCUACAUCCACAAAGCCACCUAAAGAAUUCACCACCGGCCCAACAACCACUUCCACCACUGUAAUUGUUGAAACCUCUACGUCAACAUCUCAGCCCGCAACAGCAGGUGAAGAAACAACAGGUCCAGUAGUGAUAACAUCCAAUCCCACUACUUUAACAACAACUACAAUUGUACCCACAACAACUACACCUACCACAGGUGGAACAACAACAGGUGAAGAAACCACAACUGAGUCAAGUCCAUCUACCUCCACAAAGCCACCUAAAGAAGUCACAACCGGCCCAACAACCACUUCCACCACUGUAAGUGUUGAAACGUCUACGUCAACAUCUCAGCCCAUAACAACAGGUGAAGAAACAACAGGUCCAGUAGUCAUAACAUCCAAUCCCACUACUUUAACAACAACUACAAUUGUACCCACAACAACUACACCUACCACAGGUGGAACUACAAGAAUUGAAACAACAACAACUGAGACGAUUCCAUAUACAUCUACAACGCCACCUAAAGUUGUCACCACCGGCCCAACAACCACUUCCACCACUGUAAUUGUUGAAACCUCUACCUCAACAUCUCAGCCCACAACAACAGGUGAAGAAACAACAGGGCCAGUUGUCAUAACUUCGAAUCCCACAACUUUAACAACAACUACAAUUUCACCCACAACAACUACACCUACCACAGGUGGAACAACAACAAUUGAAGAAACCACAACUGAGUCAAGUCCAUCUACCUCCACAAAGCCACCUAAAGAAGUCACAACCGGCCCAACAACCACUUCCACCACUGUAAGUGUUGAAACCUCUACGUCAACAUCUCAGACCAUAACAACAGGUGAAAAAACAACAGGUCCAGUAGUGAUAACAUCCAAUCCCACUACUUUAACAACAACUACAAUUGUACCCACAACAACUACACCUACCACAGGUGGAACUACAAGAAUUGAAAAAACAACAACUGAGACGAUUCCAUAUACAUCUACAACGCCACCUAAAGUUGUCACCACCGGCCCAACAACCACUUCCACCACUGUAAUUGUUGAAACCUCUACCUCAACAUCUCAGCCCACAACAACAGGUGAAGAAACAACAGGGCCAGUUGUCAUAACUUCGAAUCCCACAACUUUAACAACAACUACAAUUUCACCCACAACAACUACACCUACCACAGGUGGAACAACAACAAUUGAAGAAACCACAACUGAGACAAUUUCAUCUACAUCCACAAAGCCACCUAAAGAAAUCACCACCGGCCCAACAACCACUUCCACCACUGUAAUUGUUGAAACCUCUACGUCAACAUCUCAGCCCGCAACAGCAGGUGAAGAAACAACAGGUCCAGUAGUGAUAACAUCCAAUCCCACUACUUUAACAACAACUACAAUUGUACCCACAACAACUACACCUACCACAGGUGGAACUACAACAGGUGAAGAAACCACAACUGAGUCAAGUCCAUCUACCUCCACAAAGCCACCUAAAGAAGUCACAACCGGCCCAACAACCACUUCCACCACUGUAAGUGUUGAAACAUCUACGUCAACAUCUCAGCCCAUAACAACAGGUGAAGAAACAACAGGUCCAGUAGUGAUAACAUCCAAUCCCACUACUUUAACAACAACUACAAUUGUACCCACAACAACUACACCUACCACAGGUGGAACUACAAGAAUUGAAACAACAACAACUGAGACGAUUCCAUAUACAUCUACAACGCCACCUAAAGUUGUCACCACCGGCCCAACAACCACUUCCACCACUGUAAUUGUUGAAACCUCUACCUCAACAUCUCAGCCCACAACAACAGGUGAAGAAACAACAGGGCCAGUUGUCAUAACUUCGAAUCCCACAACUUUAACAACAACUACAAUUUCACCCACAACAACUACACCUACCACAGGUGGAACAACAACAAUUGAAGAAACCACAACUGAGACAAUUUCAUCUACAUCCACAAAGCCACCUAAAGAAUUCACCACCGGCCCAACAACCACUUCCACCACUGUAAUUGUUGAAACCUCUACGUCAACAUCUCAGCCCGCAACAGCAGGUGAAGAAACAACAGGUCCAGUAGUGAUAACAUCCAAUCCCAGUACUUUAACAACAACUACAAUUGUACCCACAACAACUACACCUACCACAGGUGGAACAACAACAGGUGAAGAAACCACAACUGAGUCAAGUCCAUCUACCUCCACAAAGCCACCUAAAGAAGUCACAACCGGCCCAACAACCACUUCCACCACUGUAAGUGUUGAAACGUCUACGUCACCAUCUCAGCCCAUAACAACAGGUGAAGAAACAACAGGUCCAGUAGUGAUAACAUCCAAUCCCACUACUUUAACAACAACUACAAUUGUACCCACAACAACUACACCUACCACAGGUGGAACAACAACAGGUGAAGAAACCACAACUGAGUCAAGUCCAUCUACAUCCACAAAGCCACCUAAAGAAGUCACAACCGGCCCAACAACCACUUCCACCACUGUAAUUGUUGAAACCUCUACGUCAACAUCUCAGCCCGCAACAGCAGGUGAAGAAACAACAGGUCCAGUAGUGAUAACAUCCAAUCCCACUACUUUAACAACAACUACAAUUGUACCCACAACAACUACACCUACCACAGGUGGAACAACAACAGGUGAAGAAACCACAACUGAGUCAAGUCCAUCUACAUCCACAAAGCCACCUAAAGAAGUCACAACCGGCCCAACAACCACUUCCACCACUGUAAGUGUUGAAACCUCUACGUCAACAUCUCAGCCCAUAACAACAGGUGAAGAAACAACAGGUCCAGUAGUGAUAACAUCCAAUCCCACUACUUUCACAACAACUACAAUUGUACCCACAACAACUACACCUACCACAGGUGGAACUACAAGAAUUGAAAAAACAACAACUGAGACGAUUCCAUAUACAUCUACAACGCCACCUAAAGUUGUCACCACCGGCCCAACAACCACUUCCACCACUGUAAUUGUUGAAACCUCUACCUCAACAUCUCAGCCCACAACAACAGGUGAAGAAACAACAGGGCCAGUUGUCAUAACUUCGAAUCCCACAACUUUAACAACAACUACAAUUUCACCCACAACAACUACACCUACCACAGGUGGAACAACAACAAUUGAAGAAACCACAACUGAGACAAUUUCAUCUACAUCCACAAAGCCACCUAAAGAAUUCACCACCGGCCCAACAACCACUUCCACCACUGUAAUUGUUGAAACCUCUACGUCAACAUCUCAGCCCGCAACAGCAGGUGAAGAAACAACAGGUCCAGUAGUGAUAACAUCCAAUCCCACUACUUUAACAACAACAACAAUUGUACCCACAACAACUACACCUACCACAGGUGGAACAACAACAGGGGAAGAAACCACAACUGAGUCAAGUCCAUCUACCUCCACAAAGCCACCUAAAGAAGUCACAACCGGCCCAACAACCACUUCCACCACUGUAAGUGUUGAAACGUCUACGUCAACAUCUCAGCCCAUAACAACAGGUGAAGAAACAACAGGUCCAGUAGUGAUAACAUCCAAUCCCACUACUUUAACAACAACUACAAUUGUACCCACAACAACUACACCUACCACAGGUGGAACUACAAGAAUUGAAACAACAACAAUUGAGACGAUUCCAUAUACAUCUACAACGCCACCUAAAGUUGUCACCACCGGCCCAACAACCACUUCCACCACUGUAAUUGUUGAAACCUCUACCUCAACAUCUCAGCCCACAACAACAGGUGAAGAAACAACAGGGCCAGUUGUCAUAACUUCGAAUCCCACAACUUUAACAACAACUACAAUUUCACCCACAACAACUACACCUACCACAGGUGGAACAACAACAAUUGAAGAAACCACAACUGAGACAAUUUCAUCUACAUCCACAAAGCCACCUAAAGAAUUCACCACCGGCCCAACAACCACUUCCACCACUGUAAUUGUUGAAACCUCUACGUCAACAUCUCAGCCCGCAACAGCAGGUGAAGAAACAACAGGUCCAGUAGUGAUAACAUCCAAUCCCACUACUUUAACAACAACUACAAUUGUACCCACAACAACUACACCUACCACAGGUGGAACUACAAGAAUUGAAAAAACAACAACUGAGACGAUUCCAUAUACAUCUACAACGCCACCUAAAGUUGUCACCACCGGCCCAACAACCACUUCCACCACUGUAAUUGUUGAAACCUCUACGUCAACAUCUCAGCCCGCAACAGCAGGUGAAGAAACAACAGGUCCAGUAGUGAUAACAUCCAAUCCCACUACUUUAACAACAACUACAAUUGUACCCACAACAACUACACCUACCACAGGUGGAACAACAACAGGUGAAGAAACCACAACUGAGUCAAGUCCAUCUACCUCCACAAAGCCACCUAAAGAAGUCACCACUGGCCCAAUUACAUCUUCUACAACUGCUGUCAUUGUAACUUCAACUUCAACAUCACAGCCUUCAACAACAAUUACAGAAACAACAGAGCCAGUUGUCAUCACAGGCCCAUUAGAAACAACAACAACUCCUUCAGCAACGCCACAAGUGAUUAUUACACCUACAUCACAAGCAGUCACCACCAGCCAGUGCAUUUGCAAUGUUAAUGGGACACAGUAUCUACCAGGGAACCUUGUGUAUAACGUGACCGAUGGUUCAGGGUGGUGCUUCACGGCUUACUGCAAAGCCACGUGCCAAGUCGAAGUGGAAUCAAAUCCAUGUCCUUCCUCUACACCACCCACUGUAUCACCCACAACGUCAGAAGAGACCAUGACCACACCACCAACAACCCAAUCCUCUACAGACUGCACUAGCACUGAUCCACCAAGAAAGAAUGGAGAGUCUUGGCAGCUGAAUAGCUGUACCACAGCAGUUUGCCAGGACGGCAUUGUUGUCCAGCUACCAGUAAAAUGCAAGCCAGUGGAGCCACUACAGUGUGAGAAUGGUCGUCCACCUGUCAAGGUCUAUGACUCAACUGGAUGCUGCUUUACAUAUGAAUGUGAAUGUGUAUGCAGUGGAUGGGGUGGAUCACACUACAUGACAUUUGAUGGAGUAUAUUACAAUUUCCAGGAGAACUGCUCAUACACCUUAGUGAAAGAAAUCAACUUCAAAUACAACCUUACCAUUAUUGUUGAUAAUCACUACUGUGGAAACACCGACAGUGGAUUCUGUCCUCAGUCCCUUAUCAUUCAUUACAAAUCCUAUGAAGUGAUUCUAACCCAACAGAGAUCUGGUGAUACAACAGAGAAUGUGGUAUAUGUCAACAGUAAACGAAUCUACCCAGCUUACAGAAUGGGUGACAUUGCUCUAACAAGUACUGGUGUGGAGGUCGUGCUGGAGAUCACUGAUCUUAAGGUUCAGGUGUCUUACAAGGGGUCAUCAUUUAGCAUCAACCUUCCUUAUUCCCUCUUCCAAAACAGCACAGAGGGCCAGUGUGGUACCUGUGAUAAUUCCCAGAAGAAUGACUGCCAGUCACCUAAUGGUCAGAUACAGAGCUGCUCAGUCGCAGCUAGCCAGUGGCUGAUUCCAAACCAGGACUGUCCAACUCCUCCAACAGCACCACCCUCUACCACCACGGCAGCCCCAAGCACAUCCCCUACCCCCUGCAAGACAGUCAUUUGUGAAAUCAUGAACAGCAAGGUCUUUGAGGAAUGCCAUAAAGCGAUUUCUCCUGAUGCCUUCAUUCAGGCCUGUAGAUCAGAUGUCUGCAACAAUGCUAUUUCUAGCUGCUCUAGUCUGGAGGCGUAUGCAUCUGAAUGUGCAAAUAAAGGGAUCUGCAUUGACUGGAGGAAGUCAACCGAUGGAGAAUGUGAGCAUACAUGCCCAGCCACUAAGGUGUACAUGCCAUGUGGUCCAGCAGUUGAACCAACAUGUAAUACAAAAUAUAAUGAGAAGUAUUUGAACAACCAAACCCAAAUGACCAAUAAGACGAAGGAGGGUUGCUUCUGUCCAUCUAAAACCGUCUUGUUCAGCACCUACUCUGAUACUUGUGUGGUCUCCUGUGGCUGCACUGGACCUGAUGGCAACCCCAAAAUGCCUGGUGAUACAUGGGAAAGUGGUUGCCAGCAGUGCACCUGUGACAUGGACUCCAUGAUUGUCCAGUGCCAGCCUAUCACCUGCCCCACACCAGCCACACCCAUCUGCAAUGAGACUGGAUACAGACUGGUGAACAAGACAGAAGGCUGCUGCCAGAAAUAUACAUGUGAGUGCGAUGCACUGCUUUGCCCCAAAGUCAUGAUGGACUGCCAACCAGGGUGGGAGGCAAUUAUAAGCACGUCCAUCUCAAGUUGCUGUCCAGAGUAUACCUGUGUUCCUAAGGGUGUAUGUGUCUACAAUAACAUUGAGUACCAGCCUGGUGCUGAAAUUCCUAAAGGAACAUGCGAGAAUUGCACCUGCAGCUCGAUCAUGGAUCCUAGCACCAAGCUCAACAACAUUGUGUGCAUAAAUAUCUCCUGCGACACUACAUGUUCACAGGGCUUCCAGUAUCAGGCCAUACCUGGUCAGUGUUGUGGGAAGUGUGUACAGACAAGCUGUGUGGUUACUAUGCCAGAUAAGACCAAACACACUAUUCAGGUGAACGAAACCUGGUCACCACCUGGUGACAAAUGUGUGAAGUACACAUGUGAGAAACCUGGUGGCCAAUAUAUACCAGUGGAGGUGAAGACUGUGUGCCCUGCUUUCAGCCCAGAGAACUGUGUCCCAGGCACAGAAAAGACCGACGCAAAUGGAUGCUGCAAGACCUGUACAGAACGCAGCAAUGUCUGUGAGAUGAAGUACACCACCACUAGCAUUGUCAUCAGUGGCUGUGCGACCGCUGAGCCUGUGGAGAUCAAUUCCUGCUCAGGAAACUGUGAAACCUCUUCUAUGUACUCAGCAGAGGCGAACACCAUGAUGCACUAUUGCUCCUGCUGCCAAGAGGCGACCACUAGCCAGAAAGAGGUGGAGCUGAUGUGCCCUGAUGGGUCAAAGGUCAAGCACUCCUACAUCCACGUUGAGUCGUGCAGAUGCCAUGUCACAGACUGUGAUGCAGGCACGACCACCGCCCCGGGGACAACGAGACCGCGCAGGAGGAGGCGCUAAACGUCUAGGGAGACAACAUGCACACUGACAUAGGAAUUAUCCUCAUGACAAGGAAUGUUUAAUCCAAAUUUGUUUUCUUGUUACGUUUUAAUUAAAUCUGUCAUGCCAGUGUAUUUCUACAAUCGGCAACAGUUAGCAUUAUGUUCUUAUACCUUCAUUGUGGAAUUAAUGUAUUUUCUAUGAUAAAUGUAGUGGAGAAUCUCUUUUCUCAUUUGUAGUGAUUAAUAAACAACAGCAACUUCAA